GUUUCGCCUAAAAAUGAUACGACCAUGUUCAACGGCAAUAUUGGUUACAACUUUCCUGCAUAUAUUGUUUUUAACCAUACAAGCAAAUCAUCACCGUCAAAGCCUAACACACCGGGAUAACUUAAGAAUGUCCGCACUCGGAGGACAUCAAAGGACAACCAAUACUUUAUCGGAGAACGAGCUGCGUGUUCCAGCCCUCGGAAAACUGGUGGUUUUCUCCAGUAAGUCCUGCCAUGACUGUCAAUCCUUUGCAUCCACGUUUCACAAAUUGUUUCGUCAACUGCAUAAUUGGCAUAGAGUUCUGGAAAUCCACAAAGUGGACUGUGAAGAAAGUUCGAAAGUCUGCCAGGACUACCACAUAAAACAUUUGCCCACUCUGCGCUUCUUUCAUUUAAAUUUCCAAAGGGAACGCGAUGGCAUUGGUAUUGAGAUCAGAAGUCGAAAGUCCCAAGAUAUAACCAAUGAACUGGCCACUCUGCUGGCUAGUAACUCGCAUAAAGGUGGAUCUUCCCAUGAACCGGUGUUUAAGUCCCUGCAAUCUAAGGAAACUUUAAAGUCGCUGUUUCAUAAGGAUAAACAUAUGAAGUACUUGGUACUCGUCUUUCAGCCCAGGCAUUCCAAGAUCGGAUUAAAAACUCUUUUAGAAAUGUUGCCCCAUCCCGAGGUGGCUGUUCGAAUUGUUGAGGACCCCCAACUGUUUGCAAAUUUCGGCUUGGAACCCUUUGCCCAAAAAUUAGUGCUCUUCGAUCGGAAAGGUGUGAGCCACUCAAUGUUCCCAUCACAAAAAACAACUAAGGCUUAUGUGGACAGCUUGAAGAAGCUUCUAAAAACUCUGGGGCAGCGUUCCCGAACUGUUUUGAGGAGCUCAAACAGGAAAAACUACAAAGCUCCGAUUCACAAACGUAGCCCGAUCGGAGAGGACAAAGCCGAUUCAAAUGAUAGUGAAGAGAAAGAAAUUACCCUAAGUCAGGACAAUCUAAGGAUCAUCGAUUACGUUCUCAAUAAUCCAUCAAAGAUCUACCAAGCAGAUAUUGAGAUGGCUAUUGGUACCUUGCUGCACGUCGAAAUACCCAAGAUCAAAGUCAUAAGGGGCGAGGCACUGAAAGCUUUAAGAAGGUUCUUUGAAGUGCUGAUCCAUUUAAGUCCUGUAAGCGAGAAAAAAAGACAGCUCCUUCGGGAUCUGCUAACCUGGCUAAAUAAGUACGACGUGUUGACGGGAAUUAAUUUCAUUGACCUGGUCAAUUGCUAUGAAACGGAAUAUGGAAUGGUGUUCACUGCCGCAGACUUUGUGGGCUGCCGAUCAACCCAGGCAUUAAUGAGGGGAUUUUCUUGCUCCCUGUGGCAUCUAUUUCAUUUCCUUACCGCCGAAGUGACUGCCAAUAGUGGAGUCAAGCUUAUAGCCACUCAUGUUAUCCAGACAAUCAGUGAUUUUUUUAGAUAUUUCUUUCCCACCUGUGUGUCGUGCUCAAAAUAUUUUGAACAAAUUUUCAAGCUUCAAUGUAUCUCUAAGAUGAAAAAUUAUGACGAGGAAGUCUUGUGGCUAUGGCGGACUCACAACGCAAUCAACAAACAUCUUGCCUACAAAAGAAUUGAGGAUCCCAGAUUUCCAAAGAUACAGUUUCCCGACUCAAAUAAUUGCCCGGAAUGCAGAAAAAAUGGCAAUGCUUGGGACAAAAAUGCUGUACUCCAUUAUCUAAGAGAUAUAUAUUCAAAGCCGAAACUGAGUCUUAUUGGCCUGAAUGAGUCAACGAACUCUGUCCACAAGUCUAAGAGAACCCAUGACACGAAAAAUCUUUGCACUGCAGGCAGUUUACGAAAAAAUUGCCACUUCUGUGUCUUUCUACUGCAUGGGAAGGAUCCAAGUAAAUUAAAUUCCACCAUAGAACCUUAAAAAUCCUUAGCAGUAAAAGUUAAUGAGUUCUGACAUUAUUCUGAACAUUUUGUGGUGCUUACAUUUUAUUCUCAAAAUAAAAUCUGUUGUUAUACCUUUCUUUGAUAAAAUAAAGCAGAAUGAUACUGUA